GGGUGACAGUCUAGCCUCCGCCUCCCACGUCUCUAUGGCUCGGGCGGGUCCCCCUCCGGCGGGCGCGCAGUCCUCCGAGCAAGCACUGCACGCUACCCAGCAUGCACCGCGUCCGCAACAAGGGCAACUUUAUCGGCAGCGGCGGCGGAGGCGCAGACAGGGGCGGGGCCGGGACGCCUGGGUUCCCGGCCCGGCGUGGAGCCGCGAGGCCUGCCCGGGGCCGCUCCACGCUGCCGGCCCCCAGGCCCGGAGGGGCCGCUCGGGCCUUCCCGGGGGCGGGCGGGGCUCGCUGUUCCCGCUUCGCCCCGGCCGGCGCCCCGGCCCCAGGGCUGAUCCUGGAGGCGCUGGCUGGCUGCGUGCGCGACCCGAGCCCAGCCUUGGGGCUGCAGCCGGGCUCCGGGGCCGCGCGUUCUGCCCAAGCCCGGCCUGAUGUCACCCGGCAGCCUUGGAAGUCAGCCCGUCUGCCCGCGAGCGGCGCGCCUGGGCUCGGGCCUGCCAGGAGCCCUGGGCAGAGGCCGGGACCGCACCCCCCGGCUCGCGUGCCCCCCCGGCUGCUGACCGCUUCGCACUAGGCAGGAUUUGGGGCGCUGAGGAUUUCACUCCCAUGGCGUGGGGCUGCCUACAGCUCCGAUCACGGACACAGUGGGGAGUUUGUAAGGUGGAGCCCAAAGUGCCCUGACCUGCUGUGCCCACAGCGUUGCCAGCUCCCCCAGCCCACAGGAGGGCUAGGCCGCAGCUCUCAAGCACCACCGCUUCAGUGAGAACAGGGUUCUGUCAGUGUUCAGCGGGGACUGUGCUCACUUCGCCUUAGGAAACUGCACAAACCCUGCUAAGUCCUUCUAGGCUGUUCAGGUUUAGGCUAAUCAGAACAUAUAACGCCGCAUCGGGGCAGGGGGAGGGCGUCUAGGAACGUGCCAUCUUCCAGUGACUCCAACCCCCAUGGGCUUGUAACAGUUUUCAUUGUCCCCAGCGCAGGACAAAUUCCAAGGGCAAGGAGACACAUCUGUAGAGCUGGGGGGCUUAGGCUGCAUGGCCACCUCACUUGCAAUUCUCCUGCAGCCCUAUCCCUCCUCUUGCACUCCCUUGGAGGCAGCUGCCAUGCCGGGUAAUUCUUGGUCCAAGCAUCAGUGCUUACAGCACAACAGGGAGAGAGAAGGUGUUUGCCCGUGGUCUGGGUGAGAGCAGCCACAUAUACCCGCUACAAGGCCUCACUUCCUGCCCCCUUCUGGCUUUUAGUGGAGGGGGAAGGAUCUAGCUGAAUGCACCUCUUCCCCACCUGGAACCAGCAAGACCGCCACUGCCUGCACUGUAGGGUGAUGCUGGCAGCACUGUGGCCCUGGCAGUCGCUAAAUGGAUCCCAGGCUGGCACCUCAGGGCAGCUCCUGCAGCAUCCCCCAUUGUGAGAGCAGGAGGCGGCAGCCUCUGUCUGGGUGCAGUGCAGCACCACUAGGCAGACACCAGCAGCCUCUCCUGGUUUACCUGUCUGUCUUUUCCUCCAGCAUCUCUAGCUACAUCAGAGCCACCAAGGUGCCGAACGUGAAGAAGCCACUGGCCAUUGAUGUGUCUCAGCCCUGGGACCAGUGGGCAGGCUUGAGCCAAGGCUGCUGCAAUGUCAUCAUCAUCAUCAACCUGCUGCACUUCCUUGCCCAAGGCCUGGAGGGACUAUUCCAGGGUGUGGGGCAGCUGCUGAAGCCCGGGGGAGUUUGCCAGAUCUAUGGGGUAAGUAUGCAGAAUAGAAUCCUAACCACCAACCUCUGUCCCCCCACCCCCAAGCAGCAGGAGGGUAUUAGGUCUUUCCAGGAAUCUGAAGCCCUUUGUGAACCACCAGAGAGAUCUUGGGACCCCUGCACGAUCUCCAGGAGCCUGUGUGUUCCCCUCCCCCCGCAGGACAGGCUGUGCAAUCUGCUGAGCAGCACAUGGGGAUGCAAGUCCCCAGAGCUCUGCCCAGCUCCUCCAGCAACUGCUAUUGUCCUAGUCGAUGCUGUACUACAUCUUCCCGCUCCUGUGGUCCUGCUUGCUGGGUCUAACACUGCCAUGUCCAGACCCCAUGGGAGAGGCUUGAAAUCAAAUAGAGCCUAGGGGUUAAACACCCACUAGCUGUUGCUGCCAGCUCCUCAGGGCACAGAAGGGAGGACUGGGGAAGGGCAAGGAAUGAAUCUGGCUGCACUUUGUGCUCGCAGCCCUUUGCCAUCAAUGGGAUCAUCAGCCCUGAGAGCAACAUGAAGCUGGAGGAGGAGCUCCAGGAGAGGUGAGGUGUGCCCCAGGAGCUGAAUUCUUCUCAGGGGCUCCAGCAAUUCUGCAUUGUGGUAGCUAGGUGAUGGCCUGCCGUGUGAAAGCCCUGAAGGGGCCAAAUCUGCAUCCAGCCCACAGGUGAUGGGCUCUAGGCUAGACAUAACUUGUCCUGUUCCCAGGUGCAACUGUCUCUCCCAUCUGGGAGAGCAUAAGUCACCUGUGGCAGCUUCCCCAGGAUGGGCUCCCCCUUACAGGCACAGGCCGUGCUCUGCGGGAGGCUCUUCCCCAGAGAGCAUACUCCAUUUGCAUCCCAGGGCUGGCUGGAGCUCAUCACACGGCAGCAGCUGGGGAUGAGCCCAGCCCCACCCCUUGGAAAGUCUAGGGCAGCCAUAGUCACUUGAGACUCACAUGCUGCUCUGUGCCUCUCCAGCUUUCUGUUGGUUUUUUGACUGGCAGGAAUCCAGCCUGAGGGCUAUGGGAUGUGGAGGAGCUGUGGCAGAUGGCCACCCCCAACGCGCUGUGCCUUGAACGCAUGGUCAGGUUCAAGGUGGUGUGGGAAACAGGCAGGUUUCAAGACUUGGGGCUAAGCUGCUGAACAUUAGUUCCUAUGAAAACGAGGGACUGGCAAACUUUCUCCAACCACAGGACUGCUUCAGCCCCCUUCCACACACAUAGCUCUACUGCAGCUCAUGCCUGGGGGCCUUGCUCGCUGCUCUCAAGCCCUUUAGAAGCCUGGUGGUUCUUCACCUUCAUGCCCGUUUUCCUCAUUGCCAGCUGGAAAUGCCAGAAUCCACAAAUGCCUGAUUUUUUGGAGGAGAGAGCUGGCGUAGGCCCAGCUAGGCUGCAGGAUGUUUAGGCGUGGCUGCCUGAAGCUGAUGGGAUAGGGACACCCAAGAAUAAACUGCUUUUAAAUUAA